AUGCAAGAUAACAUUACCUCCGAACAACCGCUAUCAAUUCCAGCCGAAAUUAAACCUCCGAUAACAAUAAUUUUGCCAAUUCCAAGACGAGCAGCAUACAAUGUUAUUGCUAACGCAUCUAUAGACUUAUCUGCAGACAACACCUUGGAGGAAAUUCAAAAUCAAGCCAAUAGAAAAGCUGGAAAGCAUCAAUUUUUGUUGUAUAUGCAAUUUCUUGGUAGUUUUUGCAGAUGCAUCCACAAAAGGAGUUCAUCAUCAGCAGUAUCGCCAGAUAAAUCCGCAAGAUAUCAAGUUAGCUAA